UUAUGAUUGAAACCAUCCAACUAUAUAUUUUUCUUCACAACUCUUUUUCAUAGAGGAGAAGAAAACAAAUGGCUUUCCACAAAGAGUACCUUGAUUUGUUCUUAGUCCCAACUGGCCUAAUUAUUAUGUUUGGUUAUCAUCUCUACUUGCUCUACAAAUACUUCUAUGUUCCUCAUACUACUGUUAUGGGCUUUGAAAACAAUGACAAAAGAGCUUGGGUUGAAAAAAUUAUGCUGGCUGAUAAAAAGAAUAUUGAUACAGCUCUAACUGUUUUAGGAUCCAGCCUCAAUGGAGCAACAUUCUUGGCAUCAAUUUCACUGAGUUUAAGUUUCCUCAUUGGAGCAUGGAUGGCAAAUAAUAGUGUAUUUAGCAGUGAAUUAAUAUAUGGUGACACAAGAUUAGAAACCAUGUCCAUUAAGUUCAUAAGCCUUCUACUCUGCUUCUUGCUCGCCUUUGCAUGCUUUGUUCAAUCGUCGAGAUGCUUUAUUCAUGCAAAUUACCUAAUUAGCACGCCCGAUACUGAUAUUCCAAUAAGCUACGUUGAAUUAGCGGUGAUUAGAGGAGGUGAUUUUUGGUCAUUAGGACUUAGAGCACUUUAUUUUGCUACACCUUUGUUGCUAUGGUUUUUUGGUCCAAUUCCUAUGUUUGUUACUUCAAUAGGGAUGGUUUUCCUCUUACAUUACCUUGACAAAAACACGAAGCAAUUGCAUUGUUAUCGAUCUUCUGCAAAAGGAAAACAACCAUACAAGAGACUCGAGGAAACAACAAGUAGCUAGGGAAGCUAUAUCGAGCAUUUUGUUAUGUGAAAUUUGGUUGUGUGAGAGAUGUGGCCCUGAAGCUUGUCAAGAUCUUGAUCAUAUAAUAGAAUGAGCCAUGCAUUUAAGAUUGUACAAAUAUGAUUUUUAUUCUAUGGUUUUAUGAAGUAAUGUAAAUAAUUGGUUGUACCUAAGGCAUAUUUUCUAACAUGUACUUGCCAUGUACUUGGUAUAGGAAAAGCUCGUUCAUUGAAACAAAAAAAAAAGGUUCUAUUUGUUAUUUUUCAUUAUAUAUUGAUCGUAGCAAGAAAUGAAGCAGUGGCAGAUCCAGAAUUUAUUCAUACAUUACAAGGUUCUACUUAAUAUUUGA